AUGCCUGAGGAUGAUCAACCACCUCAAAGUGCACCCGCAACUGCACUCAAUCCAUGCUUUCCAAGUCUAUGUGAUAAGACCACCGAUGUAUAUGUAGACGGUGCGUGCAUUUACAACAAAGCAGGAGAACGAGAAGGUGGGAUAGGUGUGUGGUUCGGCUACGAUCAUCCAUGGAACGUAUCUCAACCCGCUACAGGGAGACAAAUGAACAACGCCGCAGAAAUCCAAGCCGCCACAAUAGCUGCAAGAAAAGCAAGCGAAAAUGGUAUCAGCAAACUACGAAUAAACACGGACUCAAAGUUCCUCAUCGACAGUUGUGAUAAAUGGAUCCCAUACUGGAAAGCCAACGGAUGGAAAACAAAUAAUGGUAAGCCUGUCGUUAAUCAAACAGAGUUCGAAGAACUGAGAAAGGCACUAGAGGGCCUUGAUGUGACCUGGAACCACGUCCCCGGUCACCAAGGGAUCGAAAGCAAUGAAAUGGCUGAUUACCUAGCGCAAAUGGGAAUCAACAGGAGCAAUGCUGCCCAAGACUCAGAGAGAAUACCACUCAAAGCUAUACAAGAAAGAGCGGAGAUUCAACGAUCUGUCAAUAAGUUCGACCGAUCAUUAGAGGAUCAUCAGUCCUAUUUCUGGGGAAAGGAAGAACUCGACGAAGUCCACCAAGAUGAAACAUUUCAAACAGAACGCACCGCGUUAACGGAAGGAGAAAAUGAACAAGAGUUACUAAAUGCUUUGAAGAACAUGGAUCUAUGCACUGACAUUGACGAUCCUCCUUCCGCUAGAGCAAACGCAUUUCUAGAGUCUUUUCGUGGACACCUUGAAGUGAAGGACGAUUCAAAGCCAAAGGAUCAUAUUGCGCUAGGCGCAGAAAUACUACCCGGAACAAAAAAUUCCGGGGCGGACAAAAGGAGCACGAUCCGGUUUAAAAACUCGCCCGAGAUCAUAGAGUCUCCCAUUAUGGAUACCCAACCAUCAAUGAGGUCAUGA